GGAUAUAUCAUGAGAGGAAGGAAAGCAGUUGUUUCUUUCGCGUUUUUUUCCGUUAUAUUGCUGCCCUCACACUCCUUAUAUGGGAAAGGAAUUAGUUGCGCGAACAAGGGCGGAAACGCUGCGCGGUGACAGCUGGGUAAAUUCACCGACAUACAGGAAGAAAGAAAGACGAAGCCAGUCUGCCCUGCAAGCCUAUACACUCCCACGGUGACAUUAAGGACCAAAUCACUGCUUGACCAGUUUAGCAGGUAUGGCUGAGUUGGCGAGUCUGGUGCAGCGGCUGGAGGUGGCGGUCGGUCGCCUGGAGUCCAUGUCAGGCCCUGGAGGCAGUGGUGGAAAUUCUGCUGGGGGAGCUGUAUCGGCGUACGUCGAGGCCUUUGAUGUGAUUGUCAGCGGUCCCGUGGCUCAGUACUUAUCUCUUAGCCAGAAGAUCGGGGGCGAUGUCCAGAAACAUGCAGACAUGAUGAAGCAGGCAUUCUCCAGUCAGAGAAUACUCCUCAUAACAGCCUCUUCCUCCCAGAAGCCCUCUGAUGCAGUUUUGACGACUCUCCUGCAGCCGGUGUCCAAAGCGAUCCAGCAGGUGCAGACGUUCCGCGAGCAGAACCGCAGCUCGCCGCAGUUCAACCACCUUUCUGCCGUGAGCGAGAGCGUGCCUGCUCUCGGAUGGAUCGCCAUGGCUCCAAAGCCAUGCCCCUACGUUAAAGAGAUGCAGGAUGCUGCCAUGUUCUACACCAACCGUGUGCUCAAGGAAUUCAAGGAAAAGGACCAGACACAUGUGGACUGGGUGAAGGCCUACCUCUCCAUCUGGGCUGAGCUGCAAAACUACAUCAAAGAGCACCACACCACUGGGCUGACCUGGAGCAAGAGUGGUGCCGUUGCUUCGACCUCUGCAGCUCCCCCCAGUGCUCCUGCUGGUGGAUGUCCUCCCCCACCUCCCCCUGGACCUCCUCCUCCCGCCAUGGACUUGAGCGGAUCCUCUGGUGGCGGUGGCGAUUCUGGUGCUGACAAUCGUAACGCGUUGUUCGCGGCCAUCAACAAGGGUUCGAACAUCACCAGCGGGCUGAAGCAUGUGAGCGACGACCAGAAGACCCACAAGAAUCCUAACCUGAGGGGUACGGCUCCAGUGCGUUCCGGACCAAAACCUUUCGCCUCAUCCAAUCCCCGACCUGCUGCGUCGGCCCCCCCGACCCGCAAGCUGCCCCCUGUGUUUGAGCUGGAUGGGAAGAAGUGGAAAGUGGAGAACCAAGAGGGAGCGCAGAACCUGGUGAUCGACCGCACUGAGCUGAAACAAGUGGUUUAUGCUUACAAGUGCAACAAGAGCACCCUGCAGAUCAAGGGCAAAAUCAACUCCAUCACUAUAGACGGCUGUAAUAAAAUGGGCCUGGUGUUUGAUGAUGUCGUGGGCAUCGUAGAGAUUAUCAACUGUAAGGAUGCCAAGAUUCAGGUCCUGGGUAAGGUCCCCACUAUCUCCAUCAACAAGACCGAUGGUUGCCAUGUCUACCUGAGCAAAGACUCUCUGAGCUGCGAGAUUGUCAGCGCCAAAAGUUCAGAGAUGAACAUCCUGGUACCCAACAAAGACGGAGAGUUUACGGAGAUGCCUGUUCCUGAGCAGUUCAAGACCAUCUGGGACGGAAACAAGCUCAUUACCACAGCAACAGAGAUCGCCGGAUAGACAGCAGCAUGUGAAAUGGAGGCCGCUCCUCGACACCAUCCCCACCCCAUUUUUUUUGUGUGCAAAUGCCUUCCUGACUGAUCAACCACCCCACCAGCUAACUCUCACACUGUAGACUGAGAUUUGGACCUCAUGUGUUAUAUCGUCCUUCCUUGUCAGCCAAUCACAGCUUAAGCUGUCCCUUCCAUCAGCCAAUGAGAGGACUGCUCGCUUUUAUCUGGAGCAAAAUCCUCCAGCCAAUCAGCAGGGAGCGGCUUGUCAUUCAAAUUGGUUUUCUCUGUAAGCCAGUGAGCACAUUUCAAAAAACCAUUCAUGAGUUUUGCCAACAGCUGGGAUGCUCUGUAUGAUAUUUUGUAUCUAUCUGGAUAAUGCUAAGCAAAAUUUAACAUGUCGAAUUUUAACUUGUGACCCCAUAGGUUUUUGUUCCAUUAUAUGCAAUUCACUAGUGAAGCACUAGUUAAACAAAGAGGAUAAUGGCAUCCGUAUCACCUCAGCCGAUGUUGAUUAUAAUAUUAACAUUCAUAGUGGAUAUUAUAAAAAAUAAAAAGUCAGCACUCUCAGAGCACAAAUAGGACUAAAAGCAAUUUGUGCACACAUCAUGAAACUCCCCAUCUAGAUGAUGUUGGAACAAUUAAAUUAGGAAAAUUAUCAUUCCAUGUGCUUUCCCUUAAACCCCACACAUAGGACAUUCCCGAGUAAAAAACAUUCCAUAUAAAGGAGGCAUGUAAGAAAA